CGUAUUCGGACUCCGCUCGUCUCCCGUGGGAUUGAUACACUGAGUGGUUGGUAGUGGCGGUUGGGGGUAAAUUUUUGGAGCAACAAAAAAGUGUGAACCCCUAUCACCUGUGUGUCUCCCCCAGUGUGACCACCCAACCCAAACACCCCCUCGCAGUCUAUCGUCUAAUUUUGCCCCAUUCUUCCAAGAUCCUAGUUUUUUGGGGCAUUUGUGGUUGAAGUGGUGAGAAUGAAAUGUGGCGACGACCAUCGCAUGCAUACUUUCACUCGUAGUGGUGCGGUUUGUUUUUCACCCGAAAUUUUUGGAUUACCCGUUUACUUGUCACGCUGAUGAAAAGAGUUUCACUAGUGCCACUUGAAGAAGUUUGAAAUUCCCAGGUUAAGUGCUAAACUGUAGCUAGCAGAAAUGAUAGUGUGUUAUGGAAUCUAGCAUUCUUGCCUAACAAUAAUAAAAAAAUCUCAACGUUAAUGAUGUUCACGAGAAUCGUCAAAAAUAUGUCUACACAACACUAGAGAGUGCGAUAAAUAAGGGAAAUUCAGAUUGCAAAGUUCCGGAAAAGUUAAUCUCAAUGUUAAUGAAUUAUGUUGAAAAUUUCGGCCCGACACAGGCGGCUCGGCAGGAGCCCAACCGGAAUAUUUUCGCCGUAAAUCAUCUGUGAGGGAGUGCGGGAGGUGCGAGAUACAUAAAGCUGGCAGUGACGGAGACGGUUCGGGUAUCUUCACCACAAGCAACCGCCAUCAAUUUUCGAAUCCGAGACCACCAAGAUCUGGAUCUGCUGAUUAGUUACUCUCAUUGGCGGAGGAUAUGUGUGGUUCGCCACAGCUGGUGCUGCUGGCUUAAUCAGAGCGCCCCGAAGGAAGAUUUUGUGUGCGUGCGUUUGUGUGUCGGUUCAGUUUAUCGGUAAUUCGUGCCGAAACCAGCUGCCAAUGGGUGCCUACGUGUGAGGAGUCAAGUGAACGCGCCCGCUGCUAGUGAAUCUAUCAAAGUCGGCUAUAACUAAGCUAGACUAAGUGGAACCCAUUACCCACUUUGGCAGCUGCUUCCCGAGAAAUACUAUCGGUUCGAAAAUAGAUCAGCGGUCGGAGAAACUCCGGUCCGUUCGGCGCGGUGGCAGUGGAUAAUUUAUGCGAGAAGCGUUCCGAGCGCGGAGCAAAAAGUUUCUAAUUCAAUUUACCGUGAAAGUGAAAAAGCUCACCGCGAAAAAGUGUGUUUUGGGGUGGAAUACUGGGAAGCAUCCAACUGUAACGGCUCGAAUGAAAAAUGAAGCUCUGGAGAUAAGAAUCGAUGUAAGUGUUGAAAAGAGCAACUCAUUGGAUUGCCAGUGAAUUUAUGGGGCAUUUAUACGGAAAAGAUCCAGGAAAGUGAAUAUAAAACAUAUGGUGGCAACGAAAUAGCUGUGUGGCCCAUAUGCCAGCGGUGCUGAUUUGGUGAUUCAGUGAUUUUUUUUCUUUCCACUCUGACAACUUCAUGAAAAUAGGCGUUUAAAUGGUUGUUCCACUUCUAUUGCUGACCAAUAAUAUUACAGCGAUUGGGGAUGAAAACAAUUGAAAGUGACCAUCAACGACAGCAAAACGAUGCAGCAACAAGAGAAACGACGCGAGCUGCGUUUGAAAAGGUUCUGGCGCACAUCGACCAAACCCCCCACUUCGUCGGAGGAUUCCGGCGGCUGCGAAAGUCCUACAAAACUAGGACGAAAGGCCUUCCAGCAGCAAACAAAUAGCAUCCACAGUCCGCCUAGGAAUCUGCCAGCAUGUUCGCUGCCCCUGCUGCAGGUUUGGCCCAGCCAGGACUCACCACGAGGCGAGGCGGACGGUCAGAGUUUCGUCUUCCCGCUGGCAGCUGACGAUCCCCAUCCGAGUGGGUACCAGCAGACCUCUCUGCAGCACCCCGCGGGUACCUUCCAUCAGUCUAGCAGUAGCAGCAGCAGUGACCUACGACGGAAUUCACUGUUCGUCGAUCAGCUGCAGGCCGGCGACUCUGGAAUCGACUCGGUUCAGGCGUCUCCGUCGCCGGUCGCCAUGCCUUGCCACCCCCUGGUAGUUUCCAAUGCAAUUUCACCGAGUACAACGCCAACGGCGAACUCACCGACGCUUUCGGUGGAACGCAACCGGCGGCCAUCGACGACACUGCUGCACCCGGACCAUGCACGGAUACUGGCAUUGCGACAACCUACAUCACCUGACCAAACAUCACUAGAAGACAAUACGGAAUUCAACGGCAUUGCAGGGAACCAUAUCUGCACGGCGAGUUCUAGCACAACCUCAUCAUUAACCUCGGUAGCAGUCGCAACCCUUGGACAGCACCCGCAGCGAUCAUCCGACCCCUGGUUGCGUCCCGAACGGGACAAGGAUCACCUCGAGCUGGACCAACGGCGCUCAUCUAUGAUGUCCGCCCGUCUCUCACUGUUCGACGCCCUGGACCUCGAGUACGCGCUCCUUCGUGCGGCUGCCCGUGGCUCAGUGGGGCCAUACUCACUCAGCGAGUCGCUCCACAAGCUGACCUUCACCCAAUCGCUCGCCUUUCCGGCACUGGCUCGUGGCUUGGCUGCGAAACGACGCACUUCCACGGAGCAAAGCUCAACCCGGCCACUCAACCCAAACGAGUCCGGUUUGAACACGUUUGCCAAGGUGGUUACCGCUUGUGUUCUAGUGAUGGUUAGCUUCCUGGUGUUUCUGGUGGUGUAUAAGUACGUGCGGACGUGAGGAUUGCUCCUGGCCCCGACCGAGGUCACGAUACAGGCGACCACUACGAUCGCUUCAUAUCAACACGUGGCCAACAGAACGCUAGCGUCGGGCGUCAGGAAGCUAUUCAACCUAGAAAACUAAUGUUAGAUAGUCGGUGUCAAACACAACAAAUAGGGGAAGUGGCGCUUUCGGUAAACAAGCUUUUAUCUUAUGACAUAGAAUAUACGAAUUGAAUUUCCGAGAUGAAAAAAAAAGUGAAGUGCAGUGAACUUCUUAAUCAUUAGUUUCGACAGACGGAAUCCGUCGCACUAAUUUUCAUCUUCCAAAUUUUUGCACCAUCUUUUAAAAUAACGCACUUUGAAACGACUAUAGGUUCAUCCGAUAUCGUAUCAAUUGUCGAUCACAGACAGAGCUAUCAUUUAAGUAUUGCAUAAACAUUAUCCGCCCGUUCAAUCAUUCAAUUAGUUCAACAAUAUAAAUAUUAGUGAUAAUCAAACACUUUUCCAAUCAGUUUCCACUUUAGAUAUUUCUUAGUUUAGUGCAUAAUCAAUAAAUCUACUGAUAAGUAACACCUUCUCAAUAACAAAAAGGAAUAUUAUAGGUAACAUAUAGGCAGAGAUAUUCAGAAAAAUCGGUUUCGAAACAAAUUGUUCAUUGGUAGGUAGAUUUUUUCGUCAAAUAUAUGCAUUAUUGAAACGACGUCUGAUGUGGAAUGAAGCAGUACGAACUCGCUCCACUUCUGGGAAGGUAUUGUGUUAAAGUACUCCUCAUUUGCCUAUUUUCGAGCAUGUUUCACGAAUACCGAAUACCGAACUGGGAUCACUAAAUCGGACAUUUUCGUUAUUCUAUCCCAUGUAGGUGAGGAUUUUCGCCAAAAACACUCUAAUUCAGAUGACAAUCUGAUGAAUGAAUGUGCAUGAGAUAGAAUUUCCUAACUCAGAAUUUGGCCUAUGUGAUGGAACAUUCUCUCGAAAAAAAUUAUCAAAAAAUAUUACUUCUUUUGGUAUUCUGGUCAUGUUUUGAACAUCUGAUGAUUCAAAUUGAUAACGUCCAUUAUAGAUCUUUAUACCAAACUUUAGUGGGUUUGAAUAAACCACACCAAACCAACCAUAGGGUGUUUUCGUAUCUGAAAGGUAUAUAUUCGUUUUUUACUAGGCGAACGCUCAUAAUAAUUAUGUCGACUGCAACAUCUUUUUACGAGCAGUUUAGAUGGAGCGCCCAGGUCUACCCAUGUUUUUGCACAUAGGAUUCUCAAAAUAAAUCCACUUUUCAUCCAUGUGACGUGCGAGCAAAACCAUACAUACACUACAUUUGUUAGCCAUCUAUUUUCUUCGCUUUCCAUACUUACACUUGAUAUUUUAACUAUAUUUUAGCUAACCCAAAAGCUGAAUGAUAUCUAUUGACGGUAAUCAUAUUAUUAGCUGAAAAUUAGUUGAAGGUGCAUCCCAACCAUUAAUGAAUGAAAUUAGGUACAUCAGGAUAAUUACAAUCAACCCUCCUCUCUGAACAAUAUUCGUUUUCCAAUGUCUUUAUGAUUUUUUUUAUUAAUCAUAAGUGAUCAGUAGCUUUAUCAGAUCUCUGGAUGAACUUUCAUCCCGGUAGAUUAAAUGCUUCCCGAUGUGAGCUUGUUCAUUUGGACAGCGAAUCAGCUUUUCUAAAAUCACGAAUUGUGUUGUUGCCUGUGAGAACCUUCAUGUGUCAGUUCUAAAUCAGAAUCACCGGUGCCUUUCCACGAGAUAAUUCAGUCAAACGGGUCACGGAAUCGUACCCAUUUUUUACGUAUGACUCGUUUUGUUUGUUCAAAUAGAAUCUAGCUGAAGUCAUUUCCCCAGUGAUAUUCGUUUGUUGUUACAUGACACAAGCGAGAUCGAGAAAACUCUGCUUCGAUUGGCACUCCAUGGUACAUAAGCAUACGAACCAAAGCGUAAUGAUCGCUUUCGGUGCCAAAAGUUUAUAUUCUUCUUUGCCUCUCAUUCGCCGCGUAUGCAUCAUGAAGCAUGAACCAUGCGGACAACGCGAGGCGAAUGAUAUUCAUACUCUGUUACCACAACUGAACCCGACCCAUAGUUGUCACCUAGUAUAACACUAGGUGAACGAACAGCUGGCUAGAUACUCAGGGAAAGGUAGUCAGAUUAUAGUUUAAUUUUUAACGCUUCUAUCCCUUGCCUUUUCCUACUAUACUUACUUUUUGGCUCAUCUCCCCACACCAAUGCUGUUCAGAGCGGAAUCCAUUGUAUCUCGUUGGUGCUGGAAAUGGAAAUAACCACGAACGAAUACAACGAAUGAUUCCAUUAGGGUCAUUUAAAGUGUGGUGCUUGCUGAAAAUCACUAGCCAAAAUCAAUUGUAUUCACGUUUGGAUAUCGCAAACAAAAUUCACUUUCGCGUGUCAAGCAAUAGAACCACCGACAACGGUAUCCCACGAUAUCAACACACUUUUGAUUGGCUCGUCACUCGGACCACGGCUUUUCUUCCAUUCCGAAGGAAGAAUGUCGGGAGUGAGAAUUGAACUCGUGAGCUUCAACGUUAGCCAUUACCAUUAUGCCAGAUCGCCUCCUCCAUAGACCACAAAAAAGGUUACUAGCAACACCGAUCCAGUGGAAACAAAACCUUUCUCGUUAAAGUUGAUUCCCUAUUCGCCGCUCCCAGCUGAUGAUGACCGAAUGAUGACGUUAGAAAUUCUUUAUGUAUCGUUCGUCAGCUGGAAAUGAUUGAUUCGUGAUUCUUUCUUGUUCUCGCGAGAACGAUACACGAGAGUUGCGUCCUUAUUGCCAAUGCACGUAGCGCCCUCGGUAUACAUCUCUUCUUCUAGAUACUCCUCAUCUGACGGUAUGAAAACCGAUGCGUUACAUCCUAUUUUGUAUCUCUCUGCACGUUACGUCCUAUUUUGUAUCUCUUUGCUUUUGCUUUUCUUCUGCACAGUGUAAGCUCUGCACUAUAUUUGUUUGAUGCAUAUUCUGAGAAUACAUUGUGAGGUGAAACAUUUUGCAUGUUCGUUCAACACGGUAGCAAAAUAGCAAUAUAGAUUACAAUUAAUUCUUAGUAUGUUUGCUGCCAGCCAUGCAUAAACCGCUGACCAGUCUUCAGAAAACAAACGCAGCGCUGCGCUUGAGUUUAAUUUUCAUCAGCGCGCGCUCAAAGAAAACUCGUAUUCUAUCUUGGUGCGAAGAGCACAAAAUUCAUAAGCACGAAAGCGCAAAAUGUACCCGACGCAGAACCCAGAUACUAAACAUUUCUUCUCUAUACACACACACAUAUACACAUCAAAUUCUAGCGCUCGCUUUGUCUUCGUUCGUUCAAAGCAAAGCAUAAAAACAACAGAGCGCCCCAUUUGAACCGUAUACGCUUGUGUGAAGAAAAAUAUCUCAACAGAGAGAGCAAUCCAGUUUCAAGCGCGCAGUAUAGAAUUUUUUUUUUACGCAAAUUUCAGCGUAAAACUCAACUUAAUACUGGGCGCAAAUCUCUGCGUAAGAACGGUGCUGACAACCAAACAUUUCAUCUGUGUUUCGGAGCGUGCUCAUUCGCCAGAGCGCAUGUGUGCACAAGGAGUGGGAGCUCAACUGGGUACAAAAAUCUUGUUGCGCAUCAGCACCGAGUUGCAUUCUGAAGACUGCCGCUACCAAUCGUGACUGAAAUUUUCAAGCUGCUACCUACACGUACAGCUUCCUCAAACUUUUAAUUAAACAUCCAAGUACAGAAAUAAAAGACAUCAAACCGACGUAAAAAAUGGGUGCCCAUUUCCAUUUCGUUCGAACACAUUUUCUGAAUAUUGUUUACGAGUAAUUUUCAGUAAAUUGUUAAUUUCUUUAUUGUUAUUUUCUUAUUUAAGUUUAUAUAUCGUUCCAUGUUUUUGCUGUGUUUCCUACAUCAAGCCCCUAAUGCAACACCUUUCCAGAAAGUAGAGCCUCGAUGCGCCUAGUCAUAACCACAUACAUCAACAAACAACCAAACCGAAUUCGACUGAUAGGUUAAUCGAGUAUCAAGAAACCUUAGAGCUGAGAACAAUCUUAUCAUGUACACAACAAAAACAAAUUCGUUUGUCUUAUAACUAUCAAGAAACCCAAGUGAAUUAAAGUCCUACAGCAAUAGCUGCAUCCAAAAAGCGUUACAUACCUAAACUAAUCCAACUUACCAGUCAAUAAUAAUGCUGUGGUAGAUAGUAUGAAGUAAAUUGGUAAACUAUGCUCGACCCCAGAGAAAUGAAAUUCUCUCGAUACAAAAACUAUCGAUAUGUGAUACUUGGUCGUCUCAUAAGUAUUGAGGCAGUAUUCUAGUCUAGAAAUUUGAAAAAAAAAUUUAAAAAAAUUCUUCAUAUUUGUGAAGUUUAGGCAAGUUUAGGAUUAUCCGGCGGACUCAAAGUACUUGACGAUGUUGACGGUGGAGCUCCCAGUAUGCACAAACCAUGGAGCGCAGUUAUUUUACUGUUUUCGCAUAACUUCCACAGAUCAACUGAUAGCGCUGUCAAAUUUAGUUUGAAAACCCAUGGGUUACUAUCAUGACGAUGCACAAGUGAUCUCAUCACCAUGUGAUAAGAUAAACGCAUGAAAAAUUGGUAAAAUUUGUCCAUUUUUUCAAUGCAAGUGUUAAGCAGAGAUGCCACAUGUGAAGAAAUAUCAUUCGAUUUACUCUUAAAACAUUUCAAAGUAUGUUGCUGCUGCUGUAUUUUUUUUUUCUUUUUCUAUCAGUAUUAUCGAGACGACUGAGUAUGGCAUGGGCAGGGAAAUACGAGGAAAAAUGAAAGUUUGUAGUGUACAACUUCUAUUGUAGAGCGAUUGAUUAAUAGAUAUAAACUUUAAAAAAUACCGAAUUGAUUUGCACAUGACAAACAAUUGACAAGUAACUCUAUUCUGUGAUCAAACAACAUGAAAACAAACAGAACUUAUAACAAGUGAAUUUUGAUUCUAGCCCCAUAAUUGCAUCCUAGAGUAAUACAACAUAUUAAGUUUCAUCGAAGUCAUUGUAUAACUACUCGUUCCAUCCAUCCAUCAAAUAAUUCCGUUGAUAGUCAAAAUUGGUCUUAGCAUUUAAUAGCAAAUUAUCAUUACGAAUCCACAAACUUACCUUCUUCGAGUAUAUCAAUUCAAAUUCAAUUUUAAUGCGCUGUACAUUAGAAGCUUCCAAUAAUCGAACCAUUUGUUUACACUUAUCGAACGAUUUGAAGUAAAUCUAUCAGGAACAAAAACAAAUAUCCAACCGUAACGAGACCACACACAAAAAAACUAACCAAUGCCUCCCCGAGAGCAGAUCGAUUUCCAUCCCAACAGUAUCAAAUUAAAUGAAUAGUUUCGCACAAACUUUAUUCCACAAAAAUCAGUUUGUGGACUUUCCCAUGGUCCAUGGCUUCCGGUACGCAUUGAUGGUUAGUGCUUACACAGUAAUGCAAACAAACAAACGAACGAAUGAAUGUGGUGGAAGCGAUCGUUUGUUCAAAGCCUUGAGCCUUUCCACGAAUCGUUUUUCGAAAACGAAACAGAAAAUGGUGAUUAAUUAAAGUAUCGUUCUCGCAAAAAAAAAGUAACGACGGCACACACUAAAAGCACACGCGACAGGCGUUGUGCCUAAAACAGAUGAAAAACAAAUACGUUAAAUGAAUUAUUGAGGUUGUGUCAUUUUAGCUGUUAAUAUUGUUGAUUUUAUCGGAUGAUAUUUACAGGAAGGAACGUUGAAGAAACAAUAAUAAAUACAGAAGCCUAAUUGGAGUGAAAAGUAUAAUAAAAAACUGUAAAACACAACGAAAAUUUGUGUUUGGGGCAUUGGAGUUACGGACGGUGAUUCUGUUUUGUUCGUAGCUUUUGAGGGCGUAUCGUACC